AUGCGCAGUUCAGUUUUUCACCUCAUGGCUAGAGUCACUUCCUGCCUGGCGCCAUCUUAUGCACCGCGCACAUGCAACAGAGCACUUGGGUGUGAGGUCGUAAUCUUCUUUGCAGGCACACUGACUGGCAUUCUGAUGCAGAGGCCCUGUAAGUGUUGCAAUUUUGUGGCUCAAAAAAGAGGUUACUUACUAAAGCAUUUCCGUUUAAAACAUGGGACCUUCACUCGAUUGCCAAAAAUAUCAAAACUAUUGCAAAGGCAGAAUCUCGCCAAUGAUGUAACUGAGCAACGACGCGUCAUCAUCGAUGGCUUGGCAAUUAUUCUUGGAGAUGACCCCAGCAAGCUUCUUCAAGACAAGUUCGAAAGCUUUGAUGGAUGA